AUGCAGCGAAAAUUAUCGGAAAUUGCGGAAAUACCGAAAAUACUCUCCUCCACACUCGCCACCGUUUCGCAAACGUUCGAAAUAUUAAAGCCCAAUGAUUUGCAGCAACAACAACUGCUACAGCAGUGCCAACAGCAACGCAAGUAUUCUUACGAUGAGGAUGCACUGGAUUACGAGUUAAGUGGCGCCAGCACUGCGGAACGUCUCAAGUUGAAGGCGAAGGGAAAAGCAAAGGCUAAAACCGCUUUCACAUUGAACGAGGUAAGGCUGGAGCACUUGCCAAAGGACGCAACGCCGGAAUCGGAUUAUGCAUCGGAAGGCAAUUACGAAUCAAAUGAGGCAGACACGGAUGAUGAUUAUGGGGAUGGCGAAGAUGGCGACGAAGAUGGUGGCGGAGCCGAUAUUAGUGAAGCUAGUGAUGAGGAGUCGGACGGGAAAAUUACUUACACUUUCGCUCUAGCCGCAAUUGAUGUUAGUGACGUUGAUGCCGCAGAAACUGCUCAAUAUUCAUAUGUAACGCGAAUGAGGCCGGCAAAGCUAAAGCAGAAAAUACAACGAAAGCAACAACAAAAUGCGCAAUACCAGCGCGGCAAUGUCAAUGUCAGNCGAAACUAG